AUGAAGAAAGUUAUGUUUUGGAAUUUAAGAGGAAUUGGAACGUCGAAGAAGAGAUUACGGAAACUAGUUCGUGUACAUCAGCCUUGUGUUUUAUUUCUGGCGGAACCAUUUGGGGAUGACAGUCAACUGAGUUACUGGUGUGAUUAUUUUUCGUUUAGUGCGUGCAUCUCUAAUGCGGAUAAGGCUGGGAAGCUUUGGUGCUUCUGGGUUGCUGGGAUACAGGUGGAUGUUGUGGGAGGCUCGGAUCAGUAUUUAGCUCUGAUGAUCAAUUCAAACAUUUUGAUAUCAACUGUAUAUGCAAAGUGUUGGUAUCUAGAUAGACGGGUUUUAUGGGAGGAUUUGCUUAAUGUAAAUGCUGUACAGAUGCCUCAUGUGAUUUUGGGGGACUUCAAUAUUUUGCGGAAUGAUAGUGAGAGGCGUGGUGGAGGCCCAAGGCUUCUCAUGGCAAUGGAGGAGUUUUCCUCAAUUAUUGAUGCUGGUGGACUGGUGGAAAUGCCGUUUAUAGGAAAUAAGUUUUCAUGGGGCAAUGGGCAAUCGGGGAUGGCUCGAUCGUGGGCACACCUUGACAGAGCUAUGUGCAACCUGAAGUUUCUGGAAGUGUUCCCUAUGGUGCAUAACCAGUACCUGCCUAGGAGGUCUUCAGAUCAUUCUCCCAUGUUAUUGAGUCUUUCGGCUGCUUUGUCCAGGGUUCUUAGUUCUCCGGUAGUCAUUCAUGAGGAUGCUUGUGUUUAUUUUGAGGAAUUUUUAAAGGCCACUCAGUCGAGUUCUUUGCCAAAUUUGGAUGAUUUAAUUUUGGGUGAAGUAUCGAUAGGUCAAACGGAGCUUCCACAUUUGUUAAAAGGGAUAAUCAGAACAGAUGCAUGUGGCCUACCUCAGAUUCGGAAAUGCUAA